AUGGCCAAGAAACUUGCAAAGGAAUACCAUGUCUGCCUUGCCUCGGAAUCCCUUAUUAAUCAGGUUGCUCCUGUUCUGGCUCCCGGUCUGAGUAAAUUCGGCAAACUCCCUCCUUCCUGUCCAGGAGAACAUGUAACCAAAAUCACAUUGACCACCAAGUUCCAUACAAACACGGUGCUGCACUGGGCAUUCGCAUCGGGCCACAAUAAAGUAACUGAGGAGGAGCUUGUCUUCAAUAUUCAUUUGGCAGCCACUCCCCUGGUUUCACAGCUGAAGAAGAGCCAGCUGAAUGUGUGUGCCCUCCACAUCAAGAGCAGGAUGCUCGAGCCUUAG